GCGCAUUCGGGUUCGCCUGCUCGCCACCCUUCCAUAACCUCCACGAACUUCUCUAGCCUCCGUUUCUCCCUAAUCACUCAAAUAACAAAAGAACCCGGUACCGAAAACAUCAACAGCCAACCUCCACCACCCCGAACCGCAAACAUCCUCUCCCAACUACAACAAUCGCGGCGCAAACCACCUACCUCGCUCGACCCGUUCACCCAGUCCACGAGACUUGUCCUCGACACAAUGCCACCAAGACAUACUCUCUGCGUCCCUCCAAGCGCAACGCGCCUCCUCAUACCCCGAACGAGCAUCGUCCGGUCUCUCUCCUCCCUCACCACCACAACCACAACCAGCAACACCAUAUCCUGCCACCACCCACACCAGCGGAGGAUAUCCUCACCACCUACACCAGUAACAACCACUACCACCACCCGCUCUUACUCCUCCUGGCUCCUCUCCGCCGUCUCCUCCGCCGCCUCCGCCCUCAACAACGGUUCUCCCGGUGGUGGUGGUGGUGGUGGUGGUAACAACAGCGCGCCAGAAACCGUCCUCCGCGCACGCCGCAUCCUUCCCUACCCAUCUGCGCACCUCUACAAUCUGAUCGCCGACGUUUCCUCCUACAGCCAAUUCCUGCCACAUUGCAGUCGAAGCGUGGUCACCGCUUGGGCGGAACAACCCAUUACAGCAACAACACCCGCCGAAAAGGGUGAGGCACGGACAGGGACAGAGACAGAGACAACGCAAGAAAAUGAAAAGACAAAAACAAAAACAACAAAAUGGCCAGCCCGCGGCGACCUAACAGUAGGCUGGGGCCCCUUUACCGAGUCCUACUCGUCACGCGUCUACUGCGUUCCGGACGACGGUCAGGGUGUAGGCAUCGUGGAGGCUGUUAGUGGGAAUGCUUCUACUAAUAUCCCUGCUACUGUUCUCCAGCAAUUUGGCUACCACCAGAGUUCGCCGUCAGAUACGACGGAGAAGAUGGAGGGGUUGUUUGAGAGUCUGGUGACGAGGUGGACGGUGAGGAGCGUGCCGGCUCCGAAGAAGAAGAGCCAAGGGGGAGAGGGGGCCGGCGACAAAUGGACAGAGGUGGCGCUGAGUGUGAGGUUCAAGUUUGCGAGUCCGGCGCUGGGGUUUGCCGUGGGACAGUUGGCGGGACAGAAGGUGGAUGAGAUGGUUGCGGCUUUUGAGGAGAGGGCGAGGAGGACUUGGAGGCGGUGAUGGGGCGAAGGGGGAUUGAUGUCUGGUAAUAGGAUGUCAAGCCUGGAUUGACGUCGAGUGGAUAAGUGGAAGUUGGCGGCUCAAAGGGCCGAUCUCAUGAGCUUGGUUAGAGAAGGGUCGUGAAAGAGAGGGUCGAUCGAUCGCCUAGGUAAAGAAGGUCCAACUGCCGAAGUGUUGGGAGUACUAGACUAGACUAGAUGGCAUGGCGAGCAGCGCUGCUUCUUGAUAUCACUGUAUUAUAACCCUGGCUAAGACAGAGACGGCGUGGCUUGGAAAAGCAAGACAUAGACAUGCUUUUUGUCAGAAAUAGACAAGAUAC